AUGGACACAGAUACGUCUCCAAAUCAAGCUAAGGAAGAAAUCAAAGUGGAAAAUCCAGAAGACAAAAAUGAGCGCCUCUCCAUUAGAGUGGGUUACUUGGAGAGCAGAGCUGCUCACCUGUCCACCUCCAACAGAGAUCUGUCCAAAAGGUUUGUCCAAAGUGAAGAGGAGAAACUUAAGCUAUCAAAGGAGCUUGUGGAGGAGAAGCUUCAAGUGAACAAGAUGAGAGCUCAGUUUGAGGAGGAGACAUUGGAACUGAAAAACAAGAUAUUGAACCAAAAAAGUGAGAUAACAGAACUCGAAACAGAGCGAGACAAAUUGAUCGCAAAGAUCCAAAAAGCAGAGGGUCAUUCAAAAGUCAUCAGAGAAAACAGCGAAGAGUGCGCCACGCUCAAAAAGAACUACCUGGUUCUGGCUGAGGCCCACCACAAAGAGCUGGCCCAGAGCAAGGAGCUGAGCGCAGAGCUGCUGACUUUGGCCCAGGCCCAGGAUACCCUGCGCAGCCAGCUGGCCAAGCAGCACCAGAGGGCUGAGGAGACCACGCAAAGCCUUCAUUGGGAGCUGGACCGAGUCAGGGGCCUCAUCAGCCGCAUGUUGCAUAACCGAGUCAAGCCAGAAGAGCUUGCUGCUUUGAACAGGGAGCAAAAAAACAUGGAAAAAACACUUUUUGGAAACCAGAAUGACAUUAAGGACAUGAUUGAGGACAUGAAGCGCAGCUAUGAAGAAGAGCAGAGGAAACUCAAGGAGAAGAUUGAGUCGAUUGGGAAAGAGCCGCAAAAAACAUCCGAGCAGAGUCUGACUUGUUUGUGCUGUCAGAGCCAGUUGAAGAAGGCUGAAGAGGACAACGCAAGGCUGCAGCUGCAAGUCAAAGAGCUUAAUGAGCAACACCGUGCAAGACUUUUGUGUUAUUUAAGGGACAUAACUGAGUACAUCGAUGGCCUUGGAGGAAAAAAAGGGCCAUCAGAGGGGAAUAAGUUGAAGGUGUUUGUGGACAACAUGUUAAGGGACGUCCGCUCAUCCUACAGAGCUCGUGAGGAACAGCUCGCUAGCGCCGCGCGAGAUUACAAAAAGAGUCUUCAGAGGAUCACCAAGACCUAUCAUGUCCUAAUGAAAGCAUACAGGACUCAGAGAGAGCAGAUUUUGUCUAAAUCAGACAGCAGUCUGGACCCUGGACCCCCAGAAGCGUACUUCAUCGUGAAGCCCAAUGAGCUGAGAGAGGAAUCCGAGAAGGUUCUCCAGCAGCUUGAGCAGGACAAGUCUAAACUGGAGGGUCAGUGGCAGGUGGCUCGAAACCAGGUGGCAGUCCUUAAUACUCGUUCUGGCUCUUCAAGCUGCCAAGAGAUGCCAAAACUAGAGAAGAUAUUCGAAGAAUCCUGGUUGGUCAUCAGGGAACAGCUGAAGGAGAUAACCGACUCCACGCUGGAGAGCUAUGAGAGAGAGCAGAAGCUUCUCAUCACCAAAGCAAAAGUUGCUGAAGCGCAGGUGUCACAGCUGCAGGACUACAUUGACAACCAUCUGGACAGGAAUAAACAAGAGAUUGCACAUCUCAGUCUUCUGCAUGGGAAGGAGGAGGCAUCACGCACACACAGCACUCACUAAGUCACUUAUCAUUAUUUUUAUCUCAUUAUUUCAUUCUGCAAAUGACACAAUUAAGAUACCCAUUCCACACUUCAUUCAUGUGAUCACUAGGUGGUGUGUUGUCCCCCCUUUACCCUGCGGUGACAUUCCCAAAGAAAUCCGGCCUUGAGAAAAAAAUGCCUGGAAUGUUUGUAAAGCUUAUGUCAAUUUCACGAGCUCAGGAGAAGAAAGAGCGGCGACAAUGAGGGGUCACCCUGGUGAGAAUAAUGUCAUUACAUGUUACCCAGACGCGUACACGCCUGUCCCUAAAUGCUUUCUGUUCAACGCUGCAGGGUGAGCCCAGGCUUUUUCCCAGAAUCAGCCUUCAUAUUUAUUACCUCCCCUUUAAAAUUAAUUUAAAGAGUGAAUAGAGCCCCCCAGUGACUUUAAUGCCACAAUUUAUAACUGACAUAAAAUCUUAAGGAAAACUUCAAGUUUCAUCUAAAAUUGAACUAGUCAAGGGGAAUUACAGUAUGGGAAAAGUGUCAUGCAGACAUUUCACCCCAAUCCCCUUUUGAGGGCUGCCUCAUGGGAGGGAGGGGGGUUUGGGUGUGAAAAGUUUGAGAGGAAUGGGAAGUGGGAUUUUGUUGGUCAUGUAUUACACUCCCAGGGCCCUGGGGCUGGGGGAUGGUGUUGUGGCGGGGGUGCAGCUUGGGCCUGUGCCAACAUAGUCACUGUGCCAAAGCGCUGGGGAGCACUCCUCGCACCGCCGGCUCUGUGGGAAAAUCAAAAGCAGGUUGGUUCUUUUUGCCGUGCUGCCAACAAAGACGGUGUGUUGCAACUGUUUGCGAAAGAAUCUGUUGCAAACAUCUAAUAAAAAGAAGUAGAAACAGUCACUUAAAAGUAUGACUAUGUAGUGAUUUUUCAAUUAUAAAUGACAAAUUUGAAAUAAAUACCUAAAAAUGCAGUAAGUAGCAGACUCGGUCAAUAAAUGAUGAACAAUGUCCCCAUUUUGUGUGGUUGCUUGCGCAAAGAUUAAAUGUAAAACAUUGAUUAGGGGACCUAUGAUGAUUACAUUUAAAAAGACUUUCUUUGGCCCAGAUAAAAGUUUUUUGAUAUG